AUGGCUCCAAUUGCUUUGUCCACCCCUGAGCCACCUCAUCUUAGCAUCGAGCCUAAGUCUGUCAAGAGUAUCAAGCAUGACUUUAUCUCAGACUCGGAGCAACCCGUUUCUAUAGAUGACUUCUUGCCUCUUGAAGGGAAGACUAGCACCAUAUCUGGGGUAUCCGAGAUCCUCUGCACAGCCUUUGGCCUUGCCCUUCGUUGCUAUAGUACGGAGAGCGUGAAUUUUGAAUACCAUGACGAGACAGCAAUUGGAUCCCGCUCCACGACUAUAUCAUUUGAUGUGGACGAAUUUCUCAAAGUCGAAGACCUUCUCGAAGCAGUGAGGACAACUCUCCAACUUCCUCAGUCCAUGCGGGAAGCACAAGACGCCAAGCCCGAUGCUCAACCAUAUCAAACCUUCCGCAGCGCUAUAAUCCUUCGCGAAGAACGUGUAGCGAGCAGACCCAUCUCGCCAUCACCAGAGCUUGACCUCGAGCUUCAUGCCAUCAAUACUAAAAAUGGCAUUGACAUUCAUAUGCUCUAUACCCCGUUCACGGUAACAGAGAACCUCGCAGUCCAUUUGGCUGAUACUCUCCGUCAGACAUUCGAAUUGGUCAACAACCACCCGGACACUGAUCUUGCAAGUGCAACUUACUUGGGCCCGCUAAGCCAGAAAGAGAUCCUCGACUGGAACUCUAACUCUCCUUCUCCAGUGAUUGAGUGUGCUCAUGAACUAGUUCGACAGAGAGCUUCCCUGCAGCCACAAGCUUUUGCUAUUGACUCUUGGGAUACUCAGAUGACGUAUGCAGAGCUGGAUUCCCUAUCCGAUCGUCUAGCUACCGUACUAGUCGAAUUAGAAGUCAAGGCUGAGGCAAUUGUGCCACUAUGUUUUGAGAAGACUGCGUGGUAUGUCAUAGCAAUGCUUGCAGUACUAAAAGCCGGUGGUGCCUUUGUUCCUCUCGACCCGACGCACCCUUCAUCACGCCUACGAGAGAUUGUCAGCCAAGUUGAUGCACCAAUUGUUUUGACGACAGCCAAAUAUCACGAUCUCUUCGGAGACUUCUCUGUUAAGGCAAUAAUAGUCAGUGAACAAACAGUCCUGAUGAGUGGUGACAGGUGCCUUGCUCCAGUCGCUGUCACACCUCAGAAUCUUGCAUACGUGAUCUUUACCUCUGGUAGCACCGGAAAGCCCAAAGGCACGAUGAUUGAACACCACAUUCUGGAGAUCCUCACGGGGCUUAUUUUUGGUGCUUGCAUCUGCAUCCCGAAUGAGCAACUUGGGCGUGCAGACUUUGUCCAGUCCAUGAAUGACUUCCGUGUCAACUGGGCUUUCUUGACGCCGUCGGUCCUGAAGGUAUUGACUCCCGAUCAACUGCCGCUCUUGAGGACUCUAGUACUAGGAGGCGAAGCUAUGUCAGAGUCAGAUAUGGUGACAUGGGCUGGAAGGCUCCAGCUGAUGAACGGCUAUGGGCCCAGUGAAUGCUCUGUCGCAGCUACUGCCAACACUCAGCUCAACCCCCAGUCCAGCCCACGGAAUAUCGGUAGAGCGAUCGGUGGUGUAUGCUGGAUAGUGGAUCCGCAAAAUCACAACGUACUACUCCCUGUUGGCGCCACAGGUGAGCUGAUCAUCCAAGGACCUAUUGUCUCGCGUGGGUACCUCAAAGACCCUGUGAAGACCUCAGCAGCUUUCUUCCAAAGCCCUACUUGGAUGACUCCGGGUACUUCACAAAUCUGGAAUCGCUUCUACAAAACGGGUGACCUGGUACGCUACGAUGCAGACGGUAUGAUCCACUUCAUCGGACGUAAGGAUCACCAGGUCAAGCUCCAUGGGCAGCGCAUGGAGUUAGGGGAGGUAGAGCACCAUCUCUGGACAGAUACACUCAUCCGUAACGGUAUGGCACUCGUGCCAUACACUGGUCUUUGCAGAUCCCGCUUAGUUGGUGUUGUGUCUCUUCAUAAGCGAUAUACGACUGCCUCGGUGCAGACACACCCGAGUAUCCGCUUGGUGGACCAUGCCGAGGCCGCAGAAGAAACACAGGCAAUUGCAAAGAGGCUGUCCCAUCUGCUUCCCUCCUAUAUGGUCCCGACCGUCUGGAUUGCCCUGGAGAGUCUUCCGCUCAUGUCAUCGGGCAAGAUGGACCGGACGAAGGUUGCGGGAUUUGUUGCUGAUAUCAGCACCGAGGCCUUCCAGCAAAUCAUGGGUAACUCCGACAAACCUGAUAACAAAGAGUCUAUGAGCAAUACAGAGACAUUGGUACAGAAGGUCUGGUCGAAAAUCUUGAAUAUACCGGAGGAGCAAAUUGGCAAAUACAGCAACUUCCUGUCUGUGGGUGGUGACUCUAUCAAAGCGAUGGCUGUCAUGUCUGAGUUCCGCAAGCUUGGAGUGACGGUUCUAGUAGCUGACCUAUUGCGGUACAACGUCACUGAAAUUGCUUCUAAAAUAGAGGAGUCUGGCUCGGCGAAUGUGCUCCUGGGAAGCAAGGCAGAUCACCUUCCGACAUCGCACUUACAGCGCACCUUCUUCGAAGCGUCACGUUCUGGCAACAGUGCCAUCCACCACGCUAUACUGCUGAAGCUCAAUCACAAAGUCAGUAUUCAGCAGCUCGACAAUGCCUUGGAAAGCAUCACUUCUUCCUAUCCAGCGCUCACUCUCGGGUUCGAGGAGCAAAAUGGGGAAUGGUUUCAAGCAUUCAAAGACCACGACGAGCUUGAAACUCCAGUUUACCACCUGAACCUGAACCAUGUUACUAGCUUGGAGGAAGCAAAAGAGAUUGUGCAACGUCGUCAGACGUGCCUUGGUAUAAAUGGUAACCCAAGUUUCAUGAUUGAUUUGUUCUCUCUUCGCGGCAUACAGCACAUCUCUCUUGUCAUUCAUGCAGCCACCCUUGAUUCUCAGUCUCUGAGUACUGUUAUCGGUCACCUCGAUUACUUGCUUCAGUCAGAUGACGACAAAACGAAGCAUAUCUGGGAAAGUAAGCUUUGGUGCAGAGACGAGUUCUCUCAUGCUUGGCUUGACCACCUCAGAAGCGAACGUGGCACGAAGGCUAUUGCCAGCUCUUUGCAAACCUUUACCACUGCCACUGUCAGUGGAGAUCGGGAAUAUGGGGAAUAUGUUACGGAAACGCUAGAACUCGACUGCGAAAUUACAGGGCUUCUCACUGGACCCUGCAACGCGAAGUACGGCACCAACACACCGGAACUACUUCUGGCGGCAUUGAUCCCCUCAUAUUACCAAAUCUUCAAGAAGCAGGGCCAACCCUUCCGGGCUAUUGUCGAGAGCUCUGCCCGGGAGUCUACUCUCAGCAAGGACUUGAGAGGCCUUGUUGGUCAAUUCUCUUCGAUGCAAUCCGUGCACGUGCCUGUGGAACACUCGGAUCAGAUCACUCCUCAGCUAAUCCGUGAGAUCAAGGACAAUAUUCGCCGAAGAGAUGAAAGUAGCACACUUGGCUCUUCCAACAUCAUCUUCACCUACGGCUUGCCUGGCCAAAUUAUAGAUGGUACUGUUUUGAAGCAGAUCACUCCACAUGGACGACACGGUUUGGGCGCCAUCGUCAACACAAUAAUCGAGGUUUCAUGUCUCCUUGAGGCUAGACAGUUCAGAAUCACGGUCGGGUCCGCUCAGGUCAGCGCUCAGAAGCUAUCCCUGUUUGUCGACCAGUACAGACGGAACAUCGCGCAAGCAGUCGAGAUCCUAGCACCCAACACGGUCAGGGAAUUCACUUUGGCGGACAUCCCAUUACUUGCACUCGAUUAUACAUCCAUUGACAGAGUUAAUCGUCAGCACCUUCCACGGCUUGGGCUCAAGUCACAUCAGAUAGAGGACAUAUAUCCCUGCUCUCCAUUGCAGCAAGGUCUGCUUAUGAGCCAAGCCAGGGAGCAGGGCAGUUACAACGUAUCCAUCGGCUGGGAGGUGACGUCCCGCGAGACUGACGAGACAAUCGACAUCGGUAGAUUGCUCUCCUCAUGGCAAAAGGUAGUCGAUUACCACCCUGCGCUGAGGACUAUCUUUACCGACGACUUUGGUGGCAAAGAGCCGUACGCUCAAAUUGUUCUGAGACGUCCUAGAGCGGAAGUUUCAGUAACACCUUGCUCAAAUGUCGACGUUGGGUUUGUGCUGGAGGAGACAAUCGACCUAAGCACCAACCCUGUAAUGCCUCCCCAUCGGUUUUCAAUCAAUUUCACAGCGGACGGUAGAGUGUUCUGCAGAGUUGACGCUAGCCAUACCAUCGUCGAUGGCGUAUCCAAGUCACUGAUUUUGAGAGACCUGAAGCGAGCUUACGCGGGAACACUAAAUAGACCCAAUGGAGGUGCCAAGUACAGGGACUUUGUCCAAUAUGUUGCUGCAAAUGACAUGUCCGCCAGCAUCACUUUCUGGAAGGACCAUCUUGCCGAGGUCGAACCAUGCUACUUUCCCAGUUUGGCUGAGGCCCAAGGUACACAUGAGCUGAAGUACGCCGAGGUAGCGCUUGAGGUACCUGCCAGCAUUUUGCGCGACUUUUGUGUCUCCCACAGUAUCACGAUAUCCAACCUUGUGCAGACAGUCUGGGCUCUUGUCUGUCGGGUGUAUGUUGGUCGAGACGAUAUUUGCUUCGGUUAUCUGGCAUCCGGAAGAGAUGCGCCCGUCGAAGACCUAGUUAACAUGGUCGGGCCAACAAUCAGCGUCCUCAUAUGUAAAGCAUUGCUAGACGACUCCACUAUUGUCAAGGAUGCCUUGAAGGCUUGCCAAAGAGAGUUCCUGGAUUCUCUUGCUCAUCAGCACUGCUCGCUUGCAGAGAUUCAACAUGCACUUGGACUCGCAGGAAUGCCUUUAUUUAACACUGGCAUUUCUUUCCAGACGAUGACUGAUGUUGACAGCGACGAAACUGUAACUGAUAUUGACUUCAAGGGACUCGUCGUACGAGAGCCGACAGAGUACAAUAUUACGGUUCACGUUAUCGAUUCGCCGAACAACCUGGACAUCAAACUCGGAUACUGGACCGACAGUAUCUCGGAAUCCCAAGCUCAGUCCAUCUCGGGAACAUUCUCUGCCAUUCUCAAGUCCGUGAUUGAGAACCCUGAGGCCCGAGUUGAUCAGCUCAGUGUUAUCGGCCGGUAUGAUCUGUCGCAAAUUGCAUCUUGGAACCAGAAUGUGCCAGAAACGGCAUCUUCUACAGUUCCAUACCUCGUGCUUCAACAGACUAUGCGCACUCCUCAUGCUAUUGCGAUUGACACUCUGGCUGAAAAAAUAACUUAUGAGAGGUUUGGACGAAUGUGGUUAUCUCUGUCUCAAUACUUAACGACCCUUGGUAUUGGCGCCGGAGAUUACGUGCCGCUGACAUUCGAAAAGUCAGCAUGGGCUAUCGUUGCCAUGCUUGCUGUCCUGGGUACUGGAGCUGCGUUCGUUCCGCUCGACCCUAAAACCCCGGUGGAGCGCCUCCGCGAGGCUUCUAUUCAAACUGCAGCCAAUGUUGUGCUGGCAUCUCCAAAAUACGCUUCGAAUUGGGACAAUCUGGUUCCAACGAUUGUCAGUGUCGAUCAAGCUCUCCUCGACAAGCUAAAGCACGAAGGAGAUGAUCUCCACCACGGUGUCGUGAGAGCCCGCCCCCAUGAUGACGCCUACGUCAUCUUCACUUCUGGCAGCACAGGCAAGCCCAAAGGAUGUGUUGUGCAACAUGUUGCCUUCUGCUCUGGAGCCCUGGCUCAAGGAAAGCUUGCCUGCCUGGGUCCCUCAUCUCGAGUGCUGCAGUUUGCCUCCUACAGCUUCGACGUUAGUCUCCUAGAGAUCAUGACAUCACUCAUGUUCGGUGCAUGCAUAUGCGUGCCAGACGAAGAUUUGAGCAAGGAUAUCAAGCACUGCAUUAAUGUGCUCAAUAUCAACUGGUCUUUCCUUACUCCAUCUGUUCUUAAACUCUUACAGCCAUCCGAUGUGCCCUCAUUGAAAACGCUAAUUCUUGGCGGAGAAUCUCUUUCAAAGGGUGAUAUUCUUAACUGGGCUGACAGGGUACAGCUGUACAAUGGAUACGGACCUAGUGAGUGCUCUGUGGCAGCAGCAGCUAACCCAGGGCUGCAACCUACUACCGAUCCAGCCAACAUUGGACAUGCAGUUGGUGGCGUCCUCUGGGUUGUUGAUGCGAAGCAGCCUUCUAAAUUACUCCCCAUUGGUGCUGUUGGAGAGCUCUUGAUUUCAGGACCCAUUUUGGCGAGAGGUUACCUGGAAGAUCCUGAGAAAACAGCUGCUGCCUUUGUCGAACAGAAGAGUUUUGUUCCAGGAUCCUGGGAGCGCGAGAGGUAUUAUCGGACUGGUGAUCUCGUGCGAUACAAUGCAGAUGGCACAAUUUAUUUCAUCGGCAGAGCCGAUGGGCAGGUCAAAAUUCGCGGCCAACGUGUUGAAUUGGGCGAGAUCGAGUACAAUGUCGAGCGCGAUGAGAAUAUCCGCCAUGCACUUACUUUGCUCCCAUCUCAGGGCCCGUUCAAGAAGCAGCUCUUGGCUGUUGUAUCUUUCAAGGGUUUUGAUCUUCCUGUCGAGGACGGACGAGUGUCUCUCGUGCCAGAGCACAGGCGACCUGAAGUUAUGGCGGUCGUGACCAGAAUUGCUAACACCAUAUCUGCAGCCCUUCCGGUUUACAUGGUUCCGGCCCUGUGGGUACCAGUGAACGCAAUCCCUUUGAUGCCUUCCGGAAAGCUGGACCGGAAGAAGGUCCGACGCUGGGUCGAAACCCUGGACAAUGCCACAUAUGAGCAGAUUGCCAACAUAGGAGCCAAAGCCAGCGGCGGCCCGAGUACACCUGCCGAAUAUGAGCUGAGACGCAUUUGGGCCUCCGUGUUGAACCGACCCGAAGAAAACAUCAGUAUGGAGCGGUCCUUCCAGAGUCUUGGUGGAGAUUCCAUCUCAGCCAUGCAGGUUAUCGCUCAGUGCCGUGAUGUCAAGCUAUCGCUCGCAGUCAAAGAUCUCAUUCAAUGUCCUACUAUCGCCGAAUUAGCACUGAGAGUGCGAGCUCUGGAUGAAAGUGCUGAGCCAAUGGAAGACGACGUCGGUGUUCCAUUCAAUCUCUCUCCUCAGCAGACUUGGGAGUUCGAUCUGAAACAGCACUGCGAUCUCAAUCGUUACAACACUACAUUCCUGUUAUCAGUCCAUUCUGAUUCCGACCUAAAGCCGGUAGUGAAUGCAACGGUAGAGCGUCAUCCCAUGCUCCGUGCUCGGUUCCAGCGCGAUGACUCAGGUCGCUGGAUGCAGUAUAUCCCUCUGGACCGGUCCAAUAGUCAUAUGUACCAGGAGAUGGAAGUUCCUGACUUGAAAGCUAUCGAACCAUACACUGCGCCCAACCAGUCUGGCUUCGAUUUGCAGCGUGGUCCAUUGAUGCGUGCCAUAGUCUUCAAGCUUCCGAACGGAGACCGGUAUGUUGGACUUACUGUACACCACAUGAUCAUCGACACCGUUUCAUGGCGCAUUCUCCUCCAAGAUAUGCAACAAGGCUUAUCCACUGGGGCAAUCACCUCCCACCGUUCCGACUCAUUUGCCUUGUGGUGCCGUAAGCUCAAGGAGCAUGCCGAUGAGAUAUGGACACCCGAAUACGUGCUGCCUUUCUCGGUCCCUGCUCCCCUAUACGAUUAUUGGCAAAUGGAGGAGACUAUGAACCUAUUCGUGACCGAAACUAUCCAGGAGUUCUCCCUAGACACCAAUACAACCUCCCGCUUGAUGGGAAAAUGCAACCAUCAGUAUCAGACUAAGCCGCUCGACAUCUUUCUGUCGGCAAUCUUCCACGCCUUUAGCGCGACGUUCAGUGACCGUUCGGUACCUGCGGUCUUUAUCUACAGUCAUGGUCGGGAUGAGUUUGGCGGAGAGCUUGAUGUCUCCAACACUAUCGGAUGGUUUACCUCUUCCACUCCGGUAGUGAUCAAACCAUCUGGUGAUAUUAUCGACGACUUGCAGGCUGUGCGAGAUGUGCGCGCCAGUGUGCCGGGCAACGGGGUUCCUUACUGGGCAACCCGCUGGCUGACCGAGAAAGGCCAUGCCGCUUUUGAGCACCACAGUCCGUUUGAGUUGUCUAUGAACUAUCUUGGUCAGUAUCAACAGCUGGAGCGCGACGAUUCUGUGCUUCGCUAUGUGGACGUGAACAAGCCAAAGGCGACAGGAUCUGGGUCCGGUCUUCUGCGUACCGCGCUGGUUGAGACCCAGGCCAUCGUAAUCGGAGACUCCCUACAGAUCAAGUUCGUUUAUAACACGCGCAUGGCACGGCAGAAGCAGCUUCUCGAGUGGCAGGCCAAGGUUAAGGAGUCGCUGAUGGAAAUUGCCAACCGUCUCGGGGAUGGUAUUGAGUGAGUGACGUGCUCGGGUUCCUGUACAUAGUCUGUUUUCCCCAUUCGACUACUGUUGUUUUGCGAGUACUUGUAUCGUGUUGGUCAUAUUGUGUAUUUGGCGUUUGACGGUGGAGUUUGAC